AAUGACAAAAACCAGUUAUUAGAGGGGCAGGGCAAUUUUAGGUUUCUUCUUUUUAGACAUAGCCCCUAAAUGGAAAGUUUCCCCCCUCUUGAGAAGGGAGCUUGCACUAACAUCUACACUGGCUUCUAAAAAGCACAGAUGACCUGCUACACUUCCUGACUUUCUUGCUAUUGGUUGGCACUGUUCAUAAAUAUAAUUUGCUGUUUCACUUUUCUUUGAAAUGAGCAACCUGAAUUACUCAGAGGAGAAAGGCAGGAGAGACAGAGGCAGCAGAAGCCAGGGCAGCUGAAAGACAGAGACCUUCAGUCUGAACCAACAACAAGCAAAGUUAAAUUAUGGAUAUCCAAGGGAGUCUAUAGAAGGUCCAUGCAAGACAUUUUGACUAUUUAUCUGAACUAGAGAUCCCUUGAAUGUGCACACGAAAAGUGAAUGGGUCAUUUGAUAAGGGAAAACUAGUUUCCAAGAUGGCAGAAUAGGAACAGCUCCAGUCUGCAGAUCCCAGUGUGAGCAAUGCAGAAGAUGGGUGAUUUCUGCAUUUCCAACUGAGCAUGAAGAGAAAUUUUAUGUCCUUGCAUCCAUCCAUCUCCGUAUCAGAAAUGGAACCAAAUGGCACCUUCAGCAAUAACAACAACAGCAGGAACUGCACAAUUGAAAACUUCAAGAAAGAAUUUUUCCCAAUUGUAUAUCUGAUAAUAUUUAUCUGGGGAGUUUUGGGAAAUGGUUUGUCCAUAUAUGUUUUCCUGCAGCCUUAUAAGAAGUCCACAUCUGUGAAUGUUUUCAUGCUAAAUCUGGCCAUUUCAGAUCUCCUGUUCAUAAGCACGCUUCCCUUCAGGGCUGACUAUUACCUUAGAGGCUCCAAUUGGAUAUUUGGAGACUUGGCCUGCAGGAUUAUGUCUUAUUCCUUGUAUGUCAACAUGUACAGCAGUAUUUAUUUCCUGACCGUGCUAAGUGUUGUGCGUUUCCUGGCAACGGUUCACCCCUUUCGGUUUCUGCAUGUCACCAGCAUCAGGAGUGCCUGGAUCCUCUGUGGGAUGAUAUGGAUCCUUAUCAUGGCUUCCUCAAUAAUGCUCCUGGACAGUGGCUCUGAGCAGAAGGGCAGUGUCACAUCAUGCUUAGAGCUGAAUCUCUAUAAAAUUGCUAAGCUGCAGACCAUGAACUAUAUUGCCUUGGUGGUGGGCUUCCUCCUGCCAUUUUUCACACUCAGCAUCUGUUAUCUGCUGAUCAUUCGGGUUCUGUUAAAAGUGGAAGCCCCAGAAUCAAGGCUGCGGGUUUCUCACAGGAAGGCACUGACCACCAUCAUCAUCACCUUGAUCAUCUUCUUCUUGUGUUUCCUGCCCUAUCACACACUGAGGACCCUCCACUUGGUGACAUGGAAAGUGGAUAUAUGCAGAGACUGGCUGCAUAAAGCUGUGGUUAUCACACUGUCCUUGGCGGCAGCCAAUACCUGCUUCAAUCCUCUACUCUAUUACUUUGCUGGGGAGAAUUUUAAGGACAGAGUAAGGUCUGCACUCAGAAAAGGCCAUCCACAGAAGGCAAAGACAAAGUGUGGUUUCCCUGUUAGUGUGUGGUUGAGAAAGGAAACAAGAGUAUAAGGAGUUCUUAGAUGAGACCUGUUCUUGUAUCCUUGUGUCUAUCUUCAUUCACUCAUAGUCUCCAAAUGACUUUGUAUUUACAUCAUUCCCAACAAAUGUUGAUUCUUAAUAUUUAGUUGACCAUUACUUUUGUUAAUAAGACCUACUUCAAAAAUUUUAUUCAGUGUAUUUUCAGUUGUUGGGUCUUAAUGAGGGAUACAGGAGGAAAAAUCCCUACUAGAGUCCUGUGGGCUAAAAUAUCAGAUUGGGAAAAAAUGCAAAGCACAUUGGAUCCUACUUUUCUUCAGAUAUUGAACCAGAUCUCUGGCCCAUCAGGCU